AUGGAGGUCUUGACAUUGACAUGGGAUUGCGUGGUAUUUUCAGCCUUGUUGUUGGCAGUGCUGGCCCUAUAUGUCUUGUGUCUGGUGAUGGUGAUGCUCGUGGUGAUGGUGAUGCUCGUGCUGAUCGUGGCCCUCUCAUGGCCUCCAGCCUUCGCGCUUCAAGCGCUGGCGGCCGUACUGGGGUCCUGGCUGGCUGAGCCCUUGCAGAGCCUGACCGGCCAGCUUCGUGUGGCCGGGCUGUGGGCCUUUGUCUUCUACGUGGCCUUCGGGUGCCAGGGGCUCUUCUCACCGUGGCGACUGGUGCCAGGGUACAUGGCCCGCUCAGGAGAGCAGUGGCAGAGGGCCCUGGCUCGGCUCGGCUUUCCUCCCCAGGCUGCGAGCACAGAAGCCUUCCUCUUCCGGUGGCUCAUCAUCAUCAUUCAACACAUCCUGGUCUUGGGCCUCGUUACAGCCUCCUACUUCUACGAGGCGGCAGUGCUGUUCCAGCAUGCCGCCCUGUGCCAGGUGGGCCACGAUGCCGCCGACCUGCUGAUCCACGCCCUCCGCAUGAGCGGUUUCAACCCAAUUCCCUGGCUCGGCCGCACCCCGUGCACUUGGGACUUCUUGAAGAAGCAUCUGCUCUUCCAUCACUCUCUCUCGCUGACCCUCCUGAUCCCCUUGAACUUGGCUGGCCUGGCCGAGAAUGGCCUCUACAAGGACAUGGUCUGGUGGCUCGAGGCUGAGGGCAUCGCCGGCAUGUUGGCGGAGAUCUUGCUGAAGGGACUGGAGCCCAACGCCAUCAAGUACAAGACGAUCUCUGGGGCGUCCUCCCUGCUCACCCUCUUCGUCCGCGGGGCGAAGUGGCCGUAUACCUUCGCCUCUGGCCUUGCCGUGGUGCACGGCCAAUCCUUUGGCAUCCUGCCGGCCUACGCCCUCGGCAUGUCCGCGUUCAGCUACUUCAAUUACCUGGCCGUCUGGAAGGGCGCCUGCCAGCUCCACAGGAUUCUUCGAGGAGCGGCUCCGUGA